CACAGUGGUUUAAGUAAUUAUUAUUAUAAGACUACUACUACUGCAAACGACGACCACGACGACGACGACGACGAGAGAAGGAAAUUAAGUUUAAGAACGGUAGAAGCAAAGGAAGGACGUACAAGAAAAAAAAAAGGAAGAAAAAAAGAAAAAAGAAGAAGAGAUCAGAGAUGGGUUCCCUGAUGGCUGGUUGGGCUUCGCCUGUUCAAGAUGAGCGUAAAGUUCAAGCUCGGAGGAACAGAUCGCUCACAAAGGAAGAGAUCGAAGCUUUCCGGCGGUCGCAGAAGAAAGGCGAGGAUGAGGAUUUUGAGGUGCAACCGACCUCUCCCACUUUUGGAUCUCCCAACAAGUCUCAGCUGGUGAGUUCGGAGGCUAUUGCGAUGAAGAAGCCGUCGGCGUUGUUGAAUCAGCUGGAGAAGACGAGGCCACCGUCUACGCAGCUGAGUCGUCCGCUUCGCACAGUCAAGUUGCCGGAAACCCCGCGUGCUGCAUGCAGUGGGCCCUCUUCUCCGCACGCCCAGUCUGCAGAAUCCCCCAGGGGGGAGCAGGAACAGGAGACGAUCGGAUCCAAACCCGACAAGACCGGCGAUUGGUGGACGAGGAGCAAUUGGGCUUUUCUGAAUGAGCCUCCGCGUGAUGAGCUGGCGCCCUCGGCUCACAACUACACCGCACAGUUUGAUGUCGCCAACCUUACCACCGCCAAGAAAUUGGUGGCCUGAUUCGAUCCGGCCGGCGACAAAAAUUAAAUAGAAACAAGACCGCGCGCUGUAGCUAGCUAGUUUGUAAUUAA